ACUAUGGAAGGCAAUCUAGAGGUCGCGCGAUCCGGACGACAUGGUCGCCGUGGGGUACUUGAGCUGGCGAGCUCCGUCUCUGGCAUUGACUGACCAGGUCGUCACCUUAAUAGCAUUUCGCCCUCCGCUAUGACUACCCCUCCCAAACCCAUGGCAGCUUUUGCAGCUCUGCCUGACCCUCUCACACCGGGACUCAACAAUCUGCUGGUCUUCUACAACAAUACCAACAGCAAUAUCAACCUCGUCAAGCGUAAUAUCGAUGAGGACGCAAAGAACAUCUACAAAGACGUGCCGGGCACACCCAAGGGCGCUGUUGGCAACCCUUCUUCGCUAACGGCGAUUCGGUGGAACAACCUCGUCCAAGUGUUCGGCACGGACACGGAUGGCUUUGUCGUCCGCCUCAGCCCGUCUCCCCAGUACGUGUCCAGCGACGCUAUUGUGAGCCUGGAUGUCACAGACCCCACUUCCACCGGCAUCGCCAGCACGACAGACGGAAGCAAGGCGUGGCUGUACUUCUUCAAGCGCGGCACCAACAAGAUUACCGAGUACGACCUGGACGUUAAGAACUCGACGGGCUUGGGCUAUAGCCCAGACCCGCUCAGUUAUCUGUCUGCCACCUACGAUACCGACGAGCGCAAUCGUUGGAUAUUCUUCCAGCUCGGGCAGGAUGACAAGGACGGCCAGAUCCAGGCUGUCAACCUCGAUAAGAACAAGUCGUACAUCAUCCCCGGCUCAGUGAACUCCAAGGCGCAGACGCCGAUCGCUGCCGUCUACGCCAACAAGCGAUUCUACGUGUACAGCGUCAACGCCAAGGGAAGGAUCAUGCGGUCCUACUCCGUGGUCACCGACAAAGGGCUGCAAUUCACCAGCGUGUCGACGAUCGAGGGCCUUACGGUUGGUAGCUUUAGCCAGCUGGCAGUAUCGGCUGGCGACGGCUUCAACUAUCUCUUCUUCGGCAGCAAGCCGGAUACAACGGGAGCGUUCCCGGUGAUCGACUACAAGGACCCGCACCAGUCUAAAGACUAGCCCUGCCAUAGCUUCUGUUACUUAGGAAAUCUGCACCAUUGUUGUCAGAUUGAGAUUUCCAAUCGUG